CUAAGCACCAGGCCUACCUGAGUGUUUACAGUAAAUACAUGCUGUGUGAAGAGAAUUUCCCAAACUAUGAUACACAUCACUGUUAAUGUCCUCUGCUUUGAGUGUCUUUAAUUAGGCUUUUAGUUUGGAUGUUAAGCCGGAAGUGCUUUGACAUUCUGUCUACCUUGACAUUCAUUUCCUCGGCUCCAGUUUUGUGUCUCCGGGAUGCUGAGCAGGCGGGCGGGGCUGUUUUUCCUUGCAGUGCCCUGCUGUGGAGUGAUGUAGCAGGACGUACGGAGCAGAGCGGACACAGAGGGAAACAGAGCUGACAUCAGUAGGCUACGGUUCUUUUAUUAUUUACCAAACUCGCUAAAAUCAAUGGCAUUUGUAUUUUAGAAGCACAAUGGAUUUACUUAACAACCUAAUCUAACGUCAAUAGCAUUGGAGGUAUCCGUGCAGCCUGACACACGGACAUCUUGUUUCUCUCAUAUCAGAAUAAGGGAGUAUAAAGAAGAUAUUUUUCCUUCAUUUCGGACCUGGUGGAAAUUGUACUGUAGUGGAGCCGUCCGAACCUCACCAUGGCGUGGCCCUGUAUCAGCAGGGCGUGCUGCAUGGCCCGCUUCUGGAACCAGCUGGACAAAGCUGACAUUGCGGUGCCUUUGGUCUUCACCAAGUACACGGACGUCUCUGAGAUGCAGCACAUCCAGCUGCAGCCGCCGCUCCACCCUCCCCAGGCCCGGGUAGCCAUAGAAACGCAGCCGUCUCGCGCAGACACCCGCGCUCCUACAGCGGCACGCGCGCCGCGAAGGUGCGUCUCUGAGGAGCGCGUGUGCAGCUCGGUGAUGCGCGAGGACUUCAAGCACUGGAAAGUGCGACCCGAACCGAGCUGUAAACCCAAGAACGAGUACCACGGACCGGAAACGCCGUUCAACAGCGAGACCCAGUACCAGAAGGACUACAAGCCCUGGCCCAUCCCGAAAAGGUACGACCACCCCUGGAUACCCAAACCUCCAACCAUCUCCUCCGGCGACGACCGGGCUCCGGACAGGUCCAAACACGCGAAACAGCACGUGGUGUUGGCAGAUGCGGACAGCGGCGUGGAGAAGAGCGCUAUUGCCGACAAGGUGCAGGAGAAAGACCUCCUCCACGGGCAAGAGAGGAAAAAGCGGUCCAGUAAGCAGCAGGGGGAGAAGAAAGUUGUCCUGACGGUGGAGGGAGAGGGCAGAGGGAGGGCGGUGGCAGAUGCUGUGAACAGGCAGAUCAAAGAGGAGAUUACAGCCGGCAGCUCGUACAAAACUGAAUUUAAGGCUUACAGAGAUGUGAAGCCUGCCAAGAUGAUCCGGGCCAAGUCCCAGUACCUGCCACCAGAUGAGAAGACCAGCCUAGAGACCAGUUACAGUGCCACCUUCAAGGGGCAAGCGCCGCUGCAGUCCGCUGACAACAAGGCCCUGGAGAGGAGGAGGAUACGCAGUCUGUACAGCGAGCCUUAUGUAGACCCCAUCAAACAGGUUGACAGAGGUAGUGUCCCUCGCUCUAAACCCAAAAAGUCUGGAGCCACAGCAGCAGGCCAGGGCAAGCCAGUGAAGAAAGCCAAAGAUAAGCAGAGCGCCGCACUGAGGGGCUCCAAGAAGACAACCUCGGAGAACCAGCCCGAGAACCGGCCGGCGGUGGGGGACAAGGAGAAAAGUAAAGAGAUGAACAACAAACUGGCUGAGGCAAAAGAGGUUGUGCUAAAACAGUACCACUACAUACAACUCUGCCAGCCAAUCCGAGAUAUUGGCUGGGUGCAGACUCUAAAGCAACACCUGUGGGGCUGUGCACUACCCAAUCCCAGAGAUGCUAAAGACGAGGUUCUCCGACCCAGUCAUCAUAAUUCCCAGGGUGCUGCUGGAGGAGAACCACAACCACCACUGGAGAGACCCGAACCACGGAGGAGCAGCGGAGUCGUACGCUUUGCCCUAGAUGUGAACCAGACUGAAUAGUUCUGCCUCUGAGGAUGGAGGCAACUAUACCUUUAUACAGAGACUGCUGCUCUGUGCUGUAAAUAUCUAGUAUUUAAGUUGGAUUAGGAGAAGAGAUUAAUCCUAUACAAAAAAACAAGAGAAAGCCCACAUAUUUGAAACACGCAUGUUUGAAACAGCUUUUGGCUUAGAGGUCACAGCUGUUUGACCCAAAUGGCAUUAUUAUUGCAAAGGUGCUACAUUAUUUUCUGGUUUCAUGCAAUUUAUUUUACAGGAUGUUGUCAAUAUUGUCAGAAAUACCACACCAUAAAGUGCUUAUACAACAACUACAAAAAACUGUACUGUAAAUUGAUCGGUUUUAGUGUAAAUAAAUGAGCAUAACUUGCAGAUUGCCAUACUGUAUUUUAAUUUGUGUUGUAUGGUCAGUCAUCUUCAAAUAGUUGUUUAAAGUAGUUCAUGAAGUUAUGAAAAGUUCAGCAUGUUGCACAGGCACAGGACCUACUUAAAAUUCAAACAUGAUUUUUCUGCAUAACCCCCUUUUUCCAUUAAUAAAACAAGCCACAUUGUUUAAGUUUUACAUGAGCUACAUUCUAGUUUUGCUAUCGCUAUAUAGCCACUUAAGUUCAACAUCAAACUUCAUUCCUUUACUCAUCACUUUUUCUC